AUGACGACCAGUAACGGGCUCGGUUCCCAGCAGACCUGCAUUUCUAGCGAAGACGCCGAUCGGCCCGACUUUUGCAGUGGAUCCCAUGUCGCCGUUCCUGAAAACCUGAUGCCCUCUAGUGGGGAUGGUGACUUCAUCUCUUCGGUCGAGAUGAAUAAAGUCCAAGAGGAAGAAGUUACCUCUUCCGAAGAGGAGAGUCUUCAAACAGACACCCCCCUUUCUACCCCCCCAAUGAUCACCAGCGACGACUUUGCCCUAGCCUUCGAUAUCGAUGGCGUCCUCCUGCGAGGUCACCAGCCCAUCCCGGAGGCUGUGGAGGCUAUGAAAUAUAUCAAUGGCGAAAAUCCAUUCGGAAUGAGAGUUCCAUUUAUUUUCCUAACCAAUGGCGGCGGAAAAAGCGAGCAAGAACGAUGCGAGGAUCUCAGUCGUCAACUCGAGACGGUAAUCCAUCCUGGUCAAUUCAUAUGCGGCCAUACUCCCAUGCGCGAGAUGGCGGAGAAAUACUCUACCGUUCUGGUCGUGGGUGGCGAGGGCGAAAAGUGCCGUCUAGUGGCAGAGGCAUAUGGUUUCAAGAACGUCAUUACACCGGGCGAUAUAAUUAAGACACGACAAGACACCACUCCCUUCCGAAAGUUGACGGAGGAGGAAUGGAACAAUUCGAAAUUCUUGGAUUUGCAAACUCUUCAAAUCGAGGCUAUCUUCGUGUUUGCUGAUAGUCGUGACUGGGCUGGGGAUCAGCAAAUCAUUUUGGAUGUCACCAUGUCAAAGAAUGGGUGUCUGGCCACACGGUCGGAAACCUUCGACGACGGGCCUCCAGUCUAUUUCUCCCAUAACGACGUCGUAUGGUCCACCUCUCACGAUUAUUCCCGCAUUGGAAUGGGUGCACUUCGCGCCUCGCUUGAGGCUCUCUACAAGGCCGUCACCGGGAAAGACCUCAAGAGCAUUGCGUUUGGCAAGCCACAAAUCAGCACAUUCAAGUUCGCCACACGUCUACUACAAGAAUGGCGCAGUGAGACCCAUGGCAUUGACAAGCCUCCGUCUACUGUGUACUUUUUCGGUGAUACUCCGGAAUCCGAUGUGCGCGGAACGAACGAGUACAAUGAAGUUGCCGAGAACGAAUGGUUUUCCGUCCUUGUGGAAACCGGCGUCUACCAGGGUGGCCUGGGCGCUGUUCCUCGCUUCCAACCCAAGAAGAUUUGCGCCAACGUCUUUGAAGGCGUGAAAUUUGCGAUUGAGCGUGAGCACGAGAAACAGCUCAAUGGCGGCUGUUACACCGAUGACUUGUCGGAUGACAGUAAAGGCGGAGUGCAAAAUUGA